AUGUCGCCAAUCCGAGUCGGCAUCAUCGGCCUUUCAGCCAAACCAGCGGCCUUCGCUCCGGGAGCUUGGGCCUCGACCGCCUUCCUUCCCUCCAUCCAGAACUCUCCAGAGUAUACCAUCACAGCUCUCUGCAACUCAUCUCUUGAUGCUGCUCGUCGAUCCAGAGACUUCCACAAGCUGCCAGAAACGACGAAAGUGUACGGCGACCCCGAGCAGCUCGCGAAUGACCCAGACGUCGACCUCGUUAUCGUUAGCGUCGUCGUCACGCACCACCUCAAACUUGCCCUACCGGCUUUGCAGCAGAAGAAGCAGGUCUUCGUUGAGUGGCCCCUGGGUAAGUCGGUCGAGGAGGCUGAACAAAUGGCAGGUCUGGCCCGGGCGGACAGCCUCAAGACGAUUGUUGGACUCCAGGCCCGUGGGGACCCGGUCAUGGCCAAGUUGAAGCAAAUUGUCGACAGCGGCGAGAUUGGAGACAUCAAGAACGUUGUCGCGUUGGGGACUCUUCCUGCUGUUCCCCCCCAGUUCUGGACCGAGGAUACCGCACCGUACCUCGACAUCUCCGGCGGAGCUACUUCGUUUCAAGUCAUUUUCGGACACUUUUUGGACUCCUUCACUCAUAUAGUCGGCGCCUUCCAAACCGACACCAUCUCCUCGAUUCUCAAAACCGACGUAGAUGAGGUGGCCAUUUACUCAUCGGAUAGAACGAGCAUAGUAAAGCCAUCCCACCCAAAGACCGCCCCCGACCACAUUCUCGUCCAAGGGCUGCUGAAGAAUGGCGCUCCCGCCAUGAUCAACUUCCGCACGGCGGCAUCAACUGUAGACGAUGUCGGCAUUCGCUGGGUCAUUACUGGCUCCAAAGGCGAAAUCGAAACCACGACGCCAUCUUUCAGCUGGCAAGCUUACGCACCCGCAAGGAAGCUGAAGAUAAAGAGCCUGGGCGGUGAAGUGCGGGAGGUGGACCUCGACGAAGAUCUUGGUGUCGCGGCCGACGUUGGCCAGCGCGGUGUCAACACUGCCUUGAUUUUAGACGCGUUCGCCAAGGGAAGACAAGACUGUUACGCCGACUUCGAAGCAGCGUUGCAGAACCACCGAUUAUUAGAGCAUAUUUUGAAGAAGUCCAAGCUGGAUAUCUAG